UCACCCUCUAAUCCCAAUCACGCUGGCCGUUGCCCCCCAAUGCUGUCGACGCAGCCCGCCCCAGCCGCGGCCGCCCGCAUCUCGCAGGUGCUGCCCACGGUCAAGUGCUCGAGCUGCCGCGUGGACCUCCCGCUCGACGAGCUCGGCAGCCACGUCUGUGCCCCAGCUGCAGCCCCAAUGCCGAUGCCCACGGUGAGCAUACCCCCCAGACUCGGCAUACCCAAGCCCGCGAUGUCCCCGGGCGCAGCCGCGGCCUUGUUGCCGACAAGGCUGCAGGGCCUCGUCAAGCCCCAGGGCCCCAAUACCCAACCGCCCCCACCACAACCGAACACCCUGCCCCCUCCCCGCACGAAUACCCCCAUACAACAGCCGCCGCGCAACAACACCCCCGUCCAACCGCCCCCACCCCGAAAUAAUGCCCCAAUCCAAAUACCCCGCAACAACACCCCAACACAACCACCCCGCAACACCACGCCCCUCCAGCGGCCCACCCUCAACACCACCCUCCCCAUCAAGGCCGCCUACCCGCCCGCGCGGCCGAGCCCGCUCUCCCGGGACGCCCCCGCGCGCGCAGUCGCUCUCCCGCGACGACACCCGGCCGCCCCGGCCCGACUUUGCGGCGCCGCCCCGCGGCCGCGCGGGGUCCGCGUCGUCCCCGCUCACGCCCGUCGCGCGGCCCGUCGUGGCGGUGGCGGUGGACAUCGACGAGCGCGGGGUGGACACCGCGUCCGGCGGCGAGGCGGGCAUGGCCGGCGUCGGCCGGCGCGGGUUCGCCGCGGCCGCGCGGGCGGCGAUGUUCGCCUCGACAAUUGA